GGGGGUUUAAGCACAAGCCAUUUUGCGAUUAUCAAAAUUCAAAACCCAUUAUCGAGUUUCUCCUCUUUUUCUUGUCUGUAUUUCUCGGUGUUAAUCUUGUGUUGUGGCCAUGGAGGUUGGUCUGAGGCUUCGUUUGGUGUUCGAGGACUGUAAAAUGCUGACCAAGUCACAGAGAAUGGAAGGACUCAAGCGAAGCUGGGUUCUUCUAAAGCCACACCACGAGACCAUCUCCGAAGUCGCCGAUCAUCUCCUUCGCGUUUUCGACAUCGACGACGCUUGCUCAGAUGGCCUCGUUCUUUCUAUGGAUGGUUUUGUGUUGCCACCUUUUGAAUCAACGUCUAUUUUGAAGGACAAAGAUAUUAUCCGCGUGAAAAAGAAAAAGGGUCCAUCUUCCACUGAUAUUAUUGGAGUUGGUGAUGGGAGAAAGUCUUUUGAGGUUGAAGAAGUAGCGGAGGAGCAAGAUGCGGUUCCAGGCAUGAAGCUUCUGGCCACUGAGGAGUUCGCAAGGGAGACCGGAGGUUACGAGAGUGAAAGCGAAGAAGAAGAACCUGCAAAGUCGGAAGAUUUACACAUAGACAAUACCCCGGAACCGGAGAAGAAAGUCGUUUCCAAGAAAAGGAAGGCAUUGCAAUUAGACAAUUCCCUUGAGAAGAAAGAAGUUUCCAAUAAAAGGAAAGCAUCGAAGAAAUUAAAGAGGUCAAAUGAUAGGAAGAAGAGAAAGAAAUCUGCUACUGUGGAAGAAUGUUCAGGCACUCCAGAAGAUGUUCAGAAUGAGAUUCCGCCAAAGAAAGACGAGAGUUCUCACCAACAUAUUCUCCUUCUAGAGAAUAGUCCUGUCAAGAAUGACAAGUCACCGGAUACAGAUGGUGAGCUAGAUUAUUUGAGUACCACCGAAAGUGAUGAAAGAACGAAUAACAUUAACGUAACUACGCCAAGUGAAAAGAGGUCCUGUGAACCACAAGAGAAUGGUAAAAAGAGUGUCGCUUCAUCUCAUACACACGAUGGAAUUAAAAAGGGCCCCAGUAGAAGUACUCGACGUAAAAGAGCCAAAAGGCAGUGGUUGAUAGAACGAGCAAAAAAGAAAGAAAAUGAGCUACAUCAGACAAAGCUACAGAAAACAGACAAUGAGCAAUCAUCUGCCAAAGAUAAUUGCAUUACUGAAGAACAUAAAAAACGAGAUAAAAGUGACUAUGAAGAUGGUGAUGUUGUUCCUGUUGUAGUUAGGCCAGGACACAUUCGUUUUGAGUCCUCUGGAAAAGUGGAUGCAGAUCAACCGGUUCGGCAGCCUGAAAUUUCAAUGGAAAAUUUUCAGUGGAAUGGAAUAACAAGCAAGAGAAAAGGUCAAAAAUGGGGCAAAGAAAAAACUGGAUUCCAUAAAAGGAGUGAUCAGAAAAGGCGUAACCAAGAUUCUUCGGAGAUGAUGAUUAUUGAAGAAGAGACGAAUGUGAUUGGUCAUGUGGACUUCAAUAAGCUUAAACCCUGUACCUCUUUGCCUCAGGAAGGUGAUACAGUUGCGUAUCGUUUGAUUGAGUUGUCACCGUCCUGGACUCCUGAACUCUCCUUCUUUCGGGUUGGAAAAAUAUCAAAGUAUGAUCCUAAAUCCGAUAGGAUUACACUAGUACAAGUUCCAGAGUAUCCAAUUGUUUUUGAGGAGCAAGGGGACGAGGCAUCUGCAGCAAAACCAGAAACAUCUAUUUAUAAGGAAGAUGGCUCUCUAGAGGUGGAUUAUUCGUCCCUUGUCGAUGUUCGAAUAAUCAAGCACGGCAACGUAAGUGCAGCCAAAUCAGUCACUGCUGGGGUCAGCCAAGUUGCUUCAGGAGAUCAAGGUGGUGCUUCAUGCUCUAGGCAAAAGUCCUACAAGGAACCUAAGGGCAAGGAACCUGCGGCCCCAAGACAAGAAAAUGGGAAGGUAAAUGUUUGGGAUGAAAUCUGCGAAGCUUUAAGUGCAAAGAAGGCACAGCUAUCCCAGGAGGAUAAUUGGACUAAGAAAGGGGGUUCAUCCAGUGGCUCAUGGUCGUUUAGGGCCUUGAGGGGUGGUGCACUGGGCCCAACAAUGGCCCGCUUGAGAGCCCAAAAUGAGAUAUGACGUGGUAAGACACCCCUAAUGGUACAGGGGCUUUCAUUUAAUUUUUUUUUUUUUUAAAAAAAAAACCACCUUUUUCAAGCCUUGGUGUGACUGAACUUAGUAAGCAGAGAAAUGGCCAAGUUUUUGUUCGUCUUGUAGGGUUGGCAUGUUUUUGGUUUACUGAUGAAUGAGUUCAACGGUUGAAAGCUACUUUCUUAUAUUGAUCAACUGUCUCUAUUCAAAUACCAACUUUUUGGUUUUGAAUAAUAGAUUUGGUUCGGAAAGAUUUAGUAUAAUAUGUCAAAGAAAUUGAGUGGAAAGACUACUUUU